AUGGACUCGCACGAACCCAUGGACGUCGCCAUGGAACGCCGUUCCGUCCCGGACUACAAGGACAUCGACGAAGACCGAAGGCCAGAGUCGCCUGCGCGAGGCCGCUCGUACUCGCGCUCGCCCUCCACCACCCCCGUUCCUGGACGUCGCGACCGCAGCAUGAGCCGCAGCCGCACGCCCAGCCGCAGCCGUUCUCCUCCGCCCCGUCGACGCUCGCGAUCGCCCGGCGCUCGUCGCUACGACCGCGACGACCGCGACAGGCGCGACGACCGCCGAGAUGACCGUCGCGAUGACCGCCGCGACCGCAACCGCUCCCCGCCUCCGCCUCGCGCCGACCGUCGUCGCUCGCCACCUCCCAAGCCGCGCACCGCGCCCGCCAACGUCGACCCCACCACCGUGCUCGGCGUGUUUGGCCUCUCCAUCCGCACCGUCGAGGCGGACCUCAAGCACGAGUUCGACGCCAUCGCUCCGGUCGAAAAGGUCGUCGUCGUCUACGAUGCCCGCUCCGGUCGCUCGCGUGGAUUUGGCUUCGUCACCAUGCGCACCAUCGAGGGCGCCAGCGCUUGCAUCGACGCGCUCAACGGCAAGGACCUGCACGGACGCCGCAUCCGCGUCGACUUUUCCACCACCCACAAGCCUCACGACCCCACCCCCGGCAUCUACAAGGGCGAGGUUCGCCCCGACGACCGAUACCGCGCACCCCCUCCGCGUGGCCCCGCCGGCCGUGGCGAGGGCGGCCGCGGCGAGGGCUCGAGGUACAACGGCCGUGCCUACGACCGCGCUCCUCCCUCCUCCUACCGCGACUCGAGGGGCGGCGACUCGUACCGACGCAGCUACGCCGACUCGCGUGACGACUGGCGACGCCGCCCCUCGCCUCCGCGCAGGCCACGCAGGUCGCCCAGCCCCGCCGGUCGACGUGGCGGAGGCCGGUACUCGCGCUCGCCAAGCCCCCGCCGCGGCGGCGACAGGUACCCUGCCGACCGUUACGACGACGACCGUGACGAGAGGCCGCCUCCGCCGUCGAGGAGCCGCCAUGGAAGCCACCUCGACAGCCCCCCGCGCGAGGACAACGUCGAGCCCAGCCGAUACUACUAG